UUUUCCCUCUGAACCUGAAUAAACCACUCUCGAUUUGUCUUCAUUAACUUCGCGGGGAAGGUGUCUCGUUUUGUGCUCGUCUUUUCCUAUUCCCCACAUUCCUCCUCCUAUCAAAUCCAGAGACUUCCAUCGUACCAUCAUCACCUUGAAGUCGAAGGGUCAACAACGUUUGACACAAGUACUCAUGGGGAGUACCUCAUAAAUUUCCCAACUCCUGUAAUGUAAGAAGCUCUCCUCCAUCUCCUCCUCCUCCUCCUUCUUUGCAACUAGAGUGUCGGCUAAGAACAACAUCCGUGUUGUUUGCGAAAGUUGAUCAUGCAGAAUUAGCAGUCCAAUAAAAAAAGAAUGGAUGCACACGAUGAUGUUAGUCGGGGAGAAUUCACGUGGAAAAUCAGCUACUUCACUGAGCAGGAUGCAAAAAAGCUUUACUCUGAAGCAUUUACAGUUUCUGGUUGUAAAUGGAGAAUUCUGUUAUACCCCAAGGGGGCUGCCACGAACCAUUUGUCGCUGUACCUCGAUGUCCCUGAUUCUACGACGUUGCCAAACGGGUGGACCAGAAACGCCAAGUUCAGCUUGAGUGUGAUCGAUCAAACCAAUAAUGCUCGCUCUAUUAGAAAAGAGGGGCACAAUGAUUUCACUGAAAGAGAGAGAAACUGGGGUUUCACAAGUUUCAUUCCAUUGACUAAGCUUCAUAAUUGUACUGGGGGAUACCUAGAAAAUGACACGUUCGUGAUUAAAGCCGAAGUAUGCGUCUUAACAGUUACUCCUCCGGUGAAUAUUCAGCCAGCUAGACCAACUGAUAAGUUUGACUCUUAUUUUACCAGUCUGGAGGAAUUCGUCAAUGCUGCUGAGACUAAUGGUGUUACUGUAGGAUCAACUUCGUGCAACCAAGAUGGUGCUUUGACGGCUGAAAUUCCUAGCUUAGAAGAAAUUGAGAAGGCUAAGCAGUCUUUGAAGGAAUGCCUUUCGGAUCUCUUUAAAUUGAAUAUGAAAGAGAGGCUAUCUGAGGCACUAUCAACUUUAAGCUCAGCCAGAACUGGAUUAUCGUCAGAGCAACAAAUAGCCAUUGAGACAUUUCAGGCCAAUUUCAAUGAUUUCACUUCUGACUUCUUAACAUUUGAGCAGGACAAUGCUGAGUUUGAGCUGCAUAAACUACAAAGGGAUCAAAUGUUCUCUGUUAUGAAGAAGAGCCAUGAGACUCACAUCUUGUAUAAGCAGUCAAUGGAUGACCUCGCCGAGGAAGAGGAAGAGCUCAAGAGAAAGAUGGAGGAAGUAAAGUCUAGGAGGGACAAGCUCCUCUCGGAUUGGGAGAUCUUGCUGGUCGAGUCCGAAGAAGUGAAGUCGGUCUAUAAAGAUGAGCAGAAGAAAGUAGCAGAGACUAAGAAAAGAAAGAGAAUAACCGAGGAAAGAAUGUCUAGAUCAAUCACUGCUUGGUCAAAUUUGAAGGCUCAAUUCUGUUAAAACUUUAUGGUUUCAAAUGGGCUAUGAGGUAAUUGUUCGCUGGAAGAAUGAAAACUGGCUUUUAGAUUGACCACUUUUUUGGCCAAUUUUCAGCGGAACAAUUGUUUAGAGGGGCUUCUGUGGUCGAUCCAAUAUCAUGUUAGUUUAGUCAGCAUGUGGGUCAAAUACAUACUUACACAUGGAUAUCUUUAGAAUCAGUUUUUGGUGUCUUCAAGUGAA